CGUGUCAGUGCGUUUGACUCAGGAAACGACGCAGAUGAUCUAAAGUAUACAGGAUGGGGGAAAUGCAUCCUUUGCUUGACAAUUUAAACUGUAAGCGGUAAUUACUCAGCUGAACAUUUGCAAUGUGUGACAGCAGAGUUAAACUGGACUUCAUAAAGUCCCAUGAAAAGACUGCUAUUGCAAAAGAAAAAGGAACAAAUUAUGGAAUGAUGAUCCUGAAAGUGCUUCUCCUGGAUGAUUCCGAACAGAUAUUUACAGUUAAGCCAACCAUUUUAGGAAAGGACUUCUACAGCAAAGUGUGUUGUCAUUUGAAACUUUUAGAAAAAGAAUAUUUUGGCCUUGAGUUCAAGAAUCACAGUGGAAAUUAUGUAUGGUUGGAACUAUUGAAACCAGUUGCAAAACAAGUUAAAAAUCUGGGCGAUGUUUCCUUCAGAUUCAGAGUGAAAUUUUUUCCCCCAGACCCAGGACAACUACAAAAGGAAUUAACAAGAUAUUUCUUUGCAUUGCAUAUAAAACAAGAUUUAGCUAAUGGGAGACUUCCUUGUAAUGACAGCAGUGCAGCACUUCUGGUGUCUCAUAUAUUACAAUCGGAGUUGGGGGAUUUUGAUGAAGAAGUUGACAUUCAACAGCUUAAAUUUAAGCAAUAUCUCCCAAUCCAGGAAGGUCUAUGCUAUAAGAUUAUGCAAUUGCAUAAGAAGCACAGAGGAAACUCACCUGCAGAUUCUGAUAUUCAUCUUCUGGAAAUAACUAGGAAGCUAGAUAUGUAUGGAAUCAGGCCACACCCUGCUAAUGAUGGAGAAGAAAUGAAGAUUGAUCUGGCUGUAACUCAUAUGGGAGUGCUUAUUUUUCAGGGCAACACGAAAAUUAACACUUUCAGCUGGGCCAAAAUUCGCAAACUAAGUUUUAAGAGGAGAAAUUUUCUGAUCAAGCUUCAUGAAAAAAUCUUUUCAUCUCUUAAGGACACCGUGGAAUUUACGAUGGCAAGCAGAGACAUCUGCAAGGCAUUUUGGAAAUUGUGUGUUGAAUAUCAUGCCUUCUUUAGGCUUUCAGAAGAGCCUAAAAUAAAACAGAAGUCUAUUUUUUACAGUAGAGGAUCUUCUUUCACAUACAGUGGACGAACCCAGAAACAACUUUUAGAGUACUUGGAAGAAGAAGAAAGGAAAUGCCUGCCAUUUGAAAGGAAGCACUGCAAAACACUUUAUAAUUCCCGACAUUAUAGAUCAUCUCCAGAUCUUCUAACAAAUGCAUCAAAACAGACCUUCUUAAAGUCUAACUCUUCUGACAGAAAUAAAAGUUACAAUGAACAGGAUCCUCUGUUUGAUGUUGGAGGAAAAUGGAGUAAAUCUGCUGUUGAAGUGGUUUUUGCUACAGAACUGGAGCGUUCUAAACCCCAAGCAGGGCCUGAUUCUUUCAACAAGCCAAGAAGCAGCUCCUUUUCUUGUUUUGAGGCCAAUGACAACACCAAUAUCUUAAAGAACCAGCAAACACAUUUGUGUUAUACCCAGUGCAACAGAAUUACACAGGUAAAUCAGAGUAGACGGGUAACAAACCUGCAGCUACCAAGUCAUAGAAACAUCCCAAAUUACAGAGCUCCCUGUUAUCAAAAAGAAGGUCUAAAUAAAAGUGCUUCUACCUUCUUGAACCGACCAGCUCAGUUUCACAGACAUGUUUCUGCAGUAGAAGACAUCCUCAGAUCCUCAAGCGUCUUUAAUCAAGAAUCUAUGUCUGCACCUAAUAAGGACAGUCAUAAAUAUAGACAAAAUGAACUUCACCAAGUCAAAGUUACAAGUUGUGGCAGUAGAAUAAAUAUUGGAAAAGAAGAUCUCCAACAAAUGACUGAAAAUUUAAAUUGCCAAAUGUCAGUUCCUAAAAGAUCAUGGAGCCAGACAGAUAUGAAAUUUGUUCAUAUGUCUCAAAGUAGAGAAUUAAUAUAUCAUGGACAAUAUAAUCAUAUGAUUAUGAGCCCAAGUCGAGCGAGCCAUGGCUUUCCUUUGCAUGCAGCUGCAGAUUCUAAAAGCCAGUUCUGUUUGGUAGAAACAUGUGUUUGUUGUAGAAAAGAUUUCAGUGAUACCCAAUUUGAUCUCUUUUAUCCAAACUGCAAUCCUUUAAUAAGAAAAAGUGUUAAAGAUGCUCCUCUUGCCAGAAUGCGAAUUUCUUCAGGAAGUCUGCAGUUGAAUGAAACAGAGGAAAAAUAUUUCAAUAUAAACAACUAUGAAGGAGUGAGCCCAUAUCCCACCACCUACCAGUUCUAAAUAUGUUGUAUUUUAUUAUUUUGUGAUUUUCCUGCAUAUUGCCCAUAUUAUGCUUGUUGCUGCAUAUCUGCUUUACUUGUAAUAUGUACAAUUGUUUCUAAAACUGCAAAUCUUAUAAAAUACUGCUUGUCAAGAAAUUAUUAC